CUCGUGUCUACACGGAAUCCACAACGGUAGAUAUGGCGGAUCUCUCUCUGGAUGAAGUGAUUCGUCGCCGCAGCUUUAACCCUCGAGGAGUCAGUAAGAGGCCCGUAUAUGGCAGAGGGGCGGGGUCGGUGGGCAGGGCCUUCGACGCGCGUCAGAAGAUCGGCAGUGGUGAUGUCAGACAGCGGCUGGGAGUGGGCGGAGCCACAGGAGCGUUUCAGGUGAAGGAUGCGCGGGAGAAGCUAGCGCAGAAGGACGCGCGGGAGAAGCUAGCACAGAAGGACGCGCGGUUCCGCAUCCGGGCCAGAGGGGGCAGCGCAGGCGCAGUAGUUCAGGACGCGCGGCAGACCAUCAACUCGCGCAAACACCAGCUGACGCCCGCGAUCGCCUCUGUCCCGCCGUCACCCGCCAAACCCGUCGUCCCACACAUACACAUCCACAACGCUGGACCCAGAGGGGGCGUGGCCUUGCAGCCCGGGGGCGGGAUCACCAGAGUCGUCGACGCACGCGAUAGGCUGAGCUUGAAGAGGAGCGUCCCGCCGACGUCCAAUCAGCUGGCAGCAGCUCUGAAGAUCACCAAAACCAUCCAGAGGCCUGUGGGAAUGACCAGCGGGAUCCGCAUCAACGUUCCCAGCCGAGCGGCUCCGGGUGUGUCUGCUGCUGAUGAAGAUGAGGAUGGUGGUGCAGUGAUGCCCAACAAACAGAUGAAGUUCACCACAGCCAACAACCUGCAGACACGACCGGUGCCUGUCUCUCUCUCGACUCCCUUCACUAAGGUGGUGAAGAACGACUCGUACACGCCCCCUUCCGUCUCCACGGCGACGGCUCGCCCCCCCACACAGACCCUGCAGCCUGUCUCCAGGACAACCGUUGCCACGCAACAGGCGGGUGGAGAUGCCAGCGGACAAACACACACACCCCCACAGCCGGUGAUCAGUCCACUGGAGGGAACUAAGAUCACGGUCCACAAUCUUCAUCCUCGAGUGACGGAGGAGGACAUAGUGGAGCUGUUCUGUGUGUGUGGCGCGCUGAAGCGUGCGCGGCUGCUGAAAGUGGGCGUGGCCGAGGUGGUGUUCGUGCGCAAGGAUGAUGCGGUCAGCGCCUACAGGAAGUACAACAACCGCUGCCUGGAUGGUCAGCCGAUGAAGUGUAACCUCCACAUGCAGGGCAGUGUGAUCACGUCAGAGCAGCCCAUCCUCCUGAGGCUGAGUGACUCCCCCGGUGCGGUCGGCUCGGCCCAGAAGGACUCGUCGUCGUCGUCUCGCUCGGGCUCCAGACCCGCGGGGGCCGAGGUGGAUCCGCAGACCAUCCUGAGGGCCCUGUUCAAGUCCUCCAGCGGCCCCAGCAGCACCAGUGGCCCCAGUGCAGGAGCAGAGCCCGGGGCCGGAGCGCACGCCACCGCCUUCCGCAUCAAGAUAUAACCCCAUCAUCUCGGAGAUGACCCGUUUCUGUUCGCUUUUAACCUCUGUCAACUCUUUCUUUUCUCCAGUAAA